UCUGAGUUUGAUGGCUGAGUGGUAUUCGAAUCUGCCACGGGGGAUCCGGUUCAGUCCGACGGACGAGGAACUCAUCGACUACUUGAGGCCAAAGAUCACUGGGAAUGAUGAGAACUUUGACUUUAUUACCCAACUUCAUUUCUUCAAAUGGGAGCCCUGGGAUUUGCCAGAUUUAUCCGGCAUACAGACAAAAGAUCUAGAGUGGUGCUUCUUCUCGCCACAGGACCGGAAGCACUCGAAUGGGAAUCGAUUGAACAGGGCAACCAGAGCUGGGUACUGGAAAGUGACUGGUAAGGAUCAAGAAAUCUGGUCUGGAGAGAGGUUGAUUGGAAUAAAAAAGAUACUGGUUUUCUAUGCGGGGCGCACUCCAAAUGGGGAAAAAACUGAGUGGGUAAUGCAUGAGUACCACGCAAUCAUGAAGGGGCUUGAUGGCACCGAUCCCGAUGGCGAUCAGAAAAUCUUUGUUCUGUGUCGUUUAUUCAAGAGAACUAACAAUGGUGGCAAUGGUCGAAAGCGCAAGCACUCUACCGAAGCUGGACCUGCCAAGUCUAAACGAAGGGCGGCUUCAGAAUCUUCAGCACUGGAAGUGCAAGCUGAAGAUCAUCCAACAACUAACGAAUCUCCUCAUUCUGAAAAUUCUGAUGUAAUGACAUAUGACACUAUAGCAAGUGUUGAGUGUGGUGACACCAAUUCUUCUGCAGAGAAUCCAGUGGUAGAAAUGGCACAAGUGAUAGCUGAUGAGGUUGAUCUGCAACCGGAGAGCAACCUUUCGACCCUCUUAACUUCACUCUCCGAUACAGCUGCUGUUUCAUCUCCAAACAAGGCCAAAUAUUCUCCUGAUGAAGCAGAGUCUGACCUAACCCAAGCUUUAGUAUCUCCAGCAUUAGUGCAAGCUGAAGAGUAUCCAGCAAUUUUUGGAACCACAUCUGACAUUAGAGCACCUGUUGAGUGUGGUGACAACAAUUUUGAUGCUUACUCUGAAGAGAAUCAUAUGACAGAUGAGGAAGAACUAAAUAUGCUCUUAGACAUGCUGCUAGAUCCACCAGAUUGCACCCUUUCACUCCCCAAUACACCUACUUGUUCAUCUCCUCCCACAGCUAAAUCUUCUUUUGAAAAAGCAGAGUCUGAGCCAGCGCUGGCUUCAGUAUAUCCAGCAUUAGGAGAGGAAGCUGGUAAUCAUCUCACAGGAUGUUACUCUGAUGGAAUGACAUGUAACACUGUAGCACCCACAAACAAUUCUCAAGGGGCCGAAGCAACAGCUGGUAAUCAGGUGGGAGACUCAAAUAUGUGCUGUGCCCCACCAGAGCAACCAGUAGCAGAUAUAAAAUAUUGGAACUCGCCCUUCUUCUCCCCAUCACACUCGCAGAUGCAAAUAGUGUUGGAUGCUAUUUGCAUGUCUGACCUUGUCGCUGAUGAACCAAACUAUCCGGUGCCUUGGCAAUAUGGCACAAAUGAUCCAGCCACCUAUAACUCUGAGUUAUGGGGUCCGAUGCCCAAUAAUCCAGAUGAGUCCCUUCACUCCCCAAUACACCUACCGUUUCAGUAUUAG